AGUAACCUUUUCUACAUUUUUAGGGUCUUUUUGGAUUCAUAUAAAUGACCGUGUCUCUGGUUGCGGUGGUCCUGGUGGUGAUGUGGUGGUUGUUGGAGGGAAUAAAUGCUAUGUUGAAGCUGAUCAAUCAUUCACACGGUGGUGGUCUGAAGAGAGAGAAUCAGAGUGUCUGAAUUGGCUUUUCGUUUCUUUGUUUGUUGAUCCCCAUUGAUGGUUUUGUUUAUAGAGAGAUAAGAGUAUGAAUGAGAGAGAGCAUUUCCUUUCUUUCUCUCUAAAAUUCACACUCUCUCCUUCUUGAAUUGAAACCCUGAAGCUAAGAUUUCAGGGUUCUUAGAUACCUCUGUUCUUCACUGAGAGAUCCACAAACACAAUCAAUACCCUUUUUUUUCUCUUUGUUUUCUACUAACCCAUUUUGAUUCCUUUUAAUUUCAGAUUCCCAAAUCUUGGUUUUUCUUAUAAUCGGAUCCCAAUAAUGCUGGGUUGCGAGAAUGAAAAAAUUCUCACACCAUUUUUUUUUCUUGUUCUUGUUCAUUUUUCUUGAUUUCACUGUAGUUUCUCCGAUAGCUGAGAAGGAGAUCUUGCUCCAAUUCAAGGCCAACAUUUCGAGCGAUCCAUACAACUUCUUGAGCUCAUGGGAUUCAAGUAAAGACCCUUGUUUGGACUACGGUGGUGUGUUCUGUAAUUCAGUUGGAAAUGUAGUUAAGAUUGUGCUAUGGAACACUAGUCUCGCCGGAGUUUUAUCGCCGGCCUUAUCGGAGCUCAAAUCUCUGCGGAUUCUUAGCUUGUUUGGGAAUCGAUUCAUCGGCAACAUUCCCUCUGAAUAUGGUGGGAUUGAAACUCUGUGGAAGAUCAAUUUGAGUUCCAAUGCUUUAUCAGGUUCAAUUCCUGAUUUUCUCGGCGAUUUGUCGAAUAUUCGGUUUCUUGAUUUGUCAAGAAAUGAGUAUUCUGGAGAGAUUCCAUCAGCUUUGUUUAAGAAUUGUAGCAAAACAAAGUUUGUUUCACUUUCUCACAACAAUCUUUCAGGUUCAAUUCCUGGGUCAGUUUCCAAUUGCUUGAAUCUGCUUGGAAUCGAUUUGUCUUUCAAUAAUCUUUCAGGUCCAAUUCCUUCACGAGUUUGUGAAAUUCAAGGCCUAGUGUACUUGUCUUUGAGGAACAAUGUGCUAUCAGGGAGCGUUCAAGAACAGGUCUCAUCAUGCAAGAGCUUAGAGCUCUUGGAUCUUGGCACCAAUUUGUUCACUGGGUUGGCUCCUUUUGAUGUUCUUGGAUUGAAAAAUCUUACAUAUUUCAAUAUUUCGCGUAAUGGGUUUGUGGGGGAGAUUCCAAAUACUGGAACUUGUAGUGAGAGAUUGGGAAUUCUUGAUGCUUCGAGGAAUCAAUUGUAUGGGGAGAUCCCAUUGACCAUCACAAAUUGCAAUGCCCUUAAGUUCUUGGACUUGGGGUUCAACAAUCUGAAUGGCACUGUCCCAAUUCAGCUAUCGGGUUUGAACAAUCUGCUGCUUAUUCGAUUGGGGAAUAAUUCGAUUGAUGGAACAAUCCCCACAGCGUUUGGAAGCAUUGAAUGGCUUCAGGUUCUUGAUUUGCAUAAUCUCAAACUAGUUGGAAACAUUCCUGGAAAUAUAAGCAAUUGCAGGUUUCUUCUUGAGCUGGAUCUUUCUGGUAAUGCUUUACAAGGAGAAAUACCACAAACCCUAUACAACUUGUUAAAUCUUGAAAUUCUUGAUUUACACCAAAAUAAGCUCAAUGGAAGCAUCCCAUCAAGUCUUGGGAAUUUGACUAAAAUCCAAUUUCUUGAUCUAGCAGAAAAUUCCUUAUCUGGGUCAAUCCCUGUUUCACUUGGGAAUUUGAAAAAUUUGACUCAUUUUAAUCUCUCUUACAACAACCUCUCUGGCACUAUUCCUUCAACUAUCCAGCAUUUCGGUUUCUUUGCAUUUUUUCAAAAUCCAUUGUUAUGUGGUGCUCCUUUGGGUACAUCGUGCUCGGGCAAUGCCACAACUUCAUCGUCAGGAAAGCCCAAGUUGAGUGUUACGGCCAUUGUUGCGAUUGUUGCUGCUGCAGCGAUUCUUACUGGUGUUUGCGUGAUAACCAUUGUGAACAUGAAGGUUCGCAGGAAGAGAAGGGAUGAGGAGGCAAUGGUUGUAGUAGAGAGCACUCCACUAGCCUCAUCGGAUUCAAAUAUCAUCAUUGGAAAGUUGGUUCUUUUCAGCAAAAGUCUUCCCUCAAAGUACGAAGAUUGGGAGGCUGGCACCAAAGCUCUACUCGAUAAAGAGUGUCUGAUUGGUGGUGGGUCGAUUGGAACAGUCUACAGGGCUAAUUUCGAAGGAGGGAUUUCGAUUGCAGUGAAAAAGCUUGAGACUCUUGGAAGAAUCAGAACCCAAGAUGAAUUCGAGCACGAAAUCGGACGGUUAGGAAACCUUCAACACCCUAAUCUUGUUGCUUUUCAAGGUUACUACUGGUCAUCUAUUAUGCAGUUAAUUCUAUCUGAUUAUGUUCCAAAUGGGGAUCUUUAUGUUAAUCUACAUGGACUUGAUUAUCCUGGCACUAGCACUGGCAUUGGCAAUAGUGAAUUGAAUUGGUCUAGAAGGUUCCAGAUCGCUCUAGGGACAGCUCGAGCCCUUGCAUACCUUCACCAUGACUGCAAACCUCCAGUGCUUCACCUCAACAUUAAGUCAACUAACAUACUCUUAGAUGAAAAUUAUGAACCCAAAUUGUCCGACUAUGGGUUGGGGAAGUUACUUCCACUGUUGGAUAAUUAUGGGUUGACCAAGUUCCACAACGUAGUCGGGUAUGUUGCACCAGAAUUGGCACAAAGUUUGAGACUAAGUGAUAAAUGUGAUGUUUAUAGCUUUGGGGUGAUUUUGUUGGAGCUGGUUACAGGAAGGAAACCAGUGGAGAGUCCGGCAAGGAGCGAGGUGGUGGUUUUGUGUGAAUAUGUUAGGGGGUUGAUUGAGAGUGGCACUGCUUCGGAUUGCUUUGACAGAAGCUUGCGCGGUUUUGUGGAAAAUGAGCUGAUUCAGGUCAUGAAAUUGGGAUUGAUCUGUACUUCUGAGAUGCCUUCAAGGAGACCAAGCAUGGCUGAGAUAGUUCAGAUUCUUGAGUCCAUAAGAUAGAAGUGAAGUGAAUAGUUGUUUCUUGUAAAAGAAUUGGUGUUAUGGAUGGAAAUGGGAUUUUGGGUUGGUGGUGUGCAUAGGUUAGGAGACAACAAUAGUCACUUUUUGGGGGAAAAGAACACAGCAGAAACAUUCUUUUGUAUUCAUUUUAAGAUUACCUUAAUUGAUUAUACCUUGUAAUUCCUUCAAUAAAGUUCAUUCGUUUUGUA